AUGCGUUCCGCUCAAUUCCUUGCCCUCGCUAUGGCUGUCGCCACCUCCGAGGCCGUCUCUCAGGGCUUCAACUACGGUGCCGCCAAGGUCGAUGGCAGCCUCAAGACCCAAAGCGACUUCGAGACCGAGUUCUCGACUGCUAAGAACCUCGUUGGAACCGACAAUGCCUUCACCAGUGCCCGUCUGUACACCAUGAUUCAGGGUGGCACCACCAACGGCCCUAUCGAGGCCAUUCCCGCCGCUAUCAAGGAGAAGACCACCCUUCUCCUUGGUCUCUGGGCUUCCGGUGGUGACAUGAGCAACGAGAUUGCUGCUCUCACAACCGCCAUCUCCACCUACGGCGAUGCCUUCACUGACCUCGUCGUUGGUAUCUCCGUCGGCAGCGAGGAUCUUUACCGUAACUCCGUCAUCGGUUCCAAGUCCAACGCCGGUCCCGGUGUUGAACCCACCGAGCUCGCUGACUACAUCAACCAGGUCCGCUCCGCCAUCUCCGGUACUUCCCUGAGCGGUGCCCCUAUCGGCCACGUCGACACCUGGAACUCAUGGACCAACGGCUCUAACUCGGCCGUCGUCGAGGCCGUCGAUUGGCUUGGUUUCGAUGGAUACCCUUACUACGAGAACACUGACCCCAACUCCAUCGACGAUGCCAAGGCUCUCUUCAACAAGGGCGUUGAGAAGACCAAGGCUAUCGCCGGCGGAAAGGAGGUCUGGAUCACCGAGACUGGCUGGCCCACUACUGGUGCCACUGAAAACCUCGCUGUCGCCAACAUCCCCAACGCUAAGCAGUACUGGGACGAGGUUGCCUGCCCUCUUCUCGGUGUUACCAACACCUGGUGGUACAUCCUUGAGGAUGCCGGUACUACCGCCCCCAGCUUCGGUGUCACUGGUUCUUCCACCGACACCACCCCUCUGUACGACCUGAGCUGCAAGGCCUCAUCUUCCAGCUCUGCUGUCGGUUCUUCCAGCACCUCGGCCUCAGGCUUCUCUUCCGCCGCUUCUGCUACCUCCACUGCCUCUGCUGGCUCUGGUUCCGGCUCUGGCUCCGGCUCCUCUGGCUCUGGUUCCGGCUCUGGCUCCUCUGGCUCUGGCUCCUCCGGCUCUGGCUCUGGCUCCGGUUCCGCUAGCUCCUCCGUCGGUCCUUCCUCCGCAGCUGUGACCAGCGGCACCCGCCCCUCCACCAAGCCCAAGUCCAAGAGCGCUUCUGCCUCCGCCUCCGCUUCCGGUGUCCCCUCUAGCUCCGGCUCUGGCUCUUCCCCUGUUGCCACUGGCGGCAGUAACCUCGGCUCCGGCAACUCUGGCUCUGGCUCUGGUUCCGACUCUUCUUCCUCCCCCUCCGCCUCCACCCUCCCCGCCAGCUCUGCCACCCGUGUCGCUGGCUCUGCUGCCGGUGCCCUGGUGAUUGCUCUCGCUCUUGCUUUCACUUUCUAA